AUGGAUGUCAUCUUCGAAACCCAAAGUGGCAAAGCAUUUUCCAUUGAAGUUGAUUUCUUCGAUACAGUUCUUGAAAUCAAAGGGAAAGUGCAGAAAUACGAGGGAACACCUGUAGAUAAUCAAACCCUAAUCUUCAAUGGCCAAGUCCUUCAAAACGAACGUGACGUCGAGUACUGUGAAAUCCUACAAUACUCACGCAUUCAACUACGAGUGGCUCCUGCUUCGGAUAUUAAAAAUAAACAACAACGACGAAGUUCAUCGCCGUUGAAGGAAGUGCAACUCAACGCAGAUACCCCGUUGUCGGAAUCCUCGUUCCCUUUUGAAAUCGACGACCACGACAUGGCUUUACUUAUUUCAACUGAUGCCGAGUUGCGAGACAUCAAGGUUGUGCUUCAAUCGAGUGGUGCCGAGUUGCAUGGUGAUAUGUCACCAGGGGACUGCAUGCUGACGGAGAAUGACAAUGUCGAUGUGAACAUCAAGAAGAAGGUGUCACCAACUGCGGCUGCCUUGACGGGAGCGGCAAUGGCUACUAGAGGUUCGAAGAAGAUGAAGCUGUGGGUGUUGCCGAUGUAUGGGACGAAGAAGAUACCUGUGGCGAUGAAUGCGAAUGAUAACGUUGGGGAGCUGAGGAAAGAGCUGCAAAAGUUGCAGAAAAAGCUGCAUUUUGAUUUAUCAGAAGAAGGGUAUUUUUUCAUUCAUAAACAGAAUGUGAUGGAGGAUGAUCGGUCGUUUAAGUGGCAUCAAGUUGUCGAAGGUGAUACCAUUGAGAUCUUUAAUGAUAGACGUCCCAACGUUAUCAUUCGCAUUAUUGCCACCGGUAUCUUCUUCGUCCCGUACAUCGGCAACACCCACAGCUUCAUCUUCUUUGAACCUCUAGCAGCCGUUGCUGCUCCCGUCACCGCAACCACAGUCAGUGACGUCUUCCCCGAACACGGAGCGGCUUCUUGA